UUUCCUUUUCAUAUUUUUCAUUCAUUUAUUUGCAAACAGAAUACACCUUCUUUAAGAAACAUUAACCAACUUUUUCCCUUUAAAGCCACAACCCCCCUCUCACCUCUCUUCAAACAAUCAAACUCACUCAUUAUCCACCAUGGGAGAAGGUGAAGUAGUGAACCCAGAAGAAGAGCAGAGAGUUCUGGAUAUUAGCAUCAAAGACCUCUCCAAAAAGCUCGAAGAAUUCGCCAAGGCGAGAGAUUGGGAGAAAUUUCAUAGCCCCAGAAACCUUCUCCUCGCUAUGGUAGGUGAAGUGGGAGAACUUUCAGAAAUAUUCCAGUGGAGAGGAGAGGUGGACAAAGGGUUGCCAAAUUGGGAAGAGGCAGAUAAGGAGCAUCUUGGCGAAGAGCUAUCAGAUGUUCUUCUAUAUCUUAUCAGGUUGGCCGAUAUUUGCGGCAUUGAUCUCGGCGAUGCUGCCGCCAAGAAGCUUGUCAAAAAUGCAAUCAAAUACCCACCUAAACCCCUUUUGAAGUAACUCCAUUAUGUAAUAACCUGCCAUUUUUGCCUGCAACUUGAGCUUGGAAGCAAAAAAAAAAAAGAAACCAUUCUGCAGUAACCCUGGUAGAGAAAUUCGAAUAAAAAUAACUACUUCUAU